UAGCAUCUUCUCUUCUUCGACACAUUGCGUCAAUGGAAACAGGAAGCAAACGAAGACGUCGACUGUUGCAUGCGUGUGGAGUUUCAGCUCUCACCAUCGCUCACAAAGCCUAUGGUAGAGCCGAGGAGGUUCACGGGCCUAUAGGCUCCAUUGCGCACAGAAUAGCAUAUCUUACAGAACCAAUCGUCAGCCCAAUGGUGUCGCAGUGGCUAGCCAUCCUUUCCUUCGCCGACGACCAGAUACUCUCUGCAGAAGACAUGGUGGAGAUGUUGAUCCCAUCAUCAUCUCAUGUGUUCGACAAGAUCGAGUCUUUCGUCUAUAUCCCCGAAACCCUGCCUGGGAAAUUCGAUUGUGCAGUCGACAUGAUGAUCCAUCGGGUACCUUUCUUACAACGGGCAUUUACCCUCAUGAUUUGGGGAUUGAAUUUCUUGCUCUCUUCGUUCAUGGACUGGGGACCUGAUGAUUCUGCGAAAGAGAAAGAGAUCAUGGUCGACGUCAACUGCAAUGAGGAUGAAUUCGCCCCCAAAUCGGAUUUAACCCACAAUUCACCUCUUGAGAAUGAAAUUUCAAUCAACGACUCUUUUCCUUCUCUUCCUGUUUCCGCUCCUGUUGCUGAACAUGAGGAUGAGGUAAUCUUCAAGUCUUUAAUGGACAAAUCUCCUACUCCUGCUCCUCCUGCUGCUAGCGAUCAAGGUGGCGAGAACGUGAAACAAGUCAAGAGCACCUACAAGGAAGUGCUUGAGAUGGGAAACAAUGGAGACGCGGAAAAGAAAGAAGAUACUUAUGGUAAAGAGGAGCACCAGAAGCCUCUGGUCAAACUUAUCGUGGGUGGAGAAAGAAAGAAACCCACCGGAGCAGAGGUGGGAAGAGAUGAGCUCGCCGUGAACGAUUUCCCAAUUCUGGAGUUGUUUGAUGCAGGGUGGCACAUGACACCCGCCACAAUAUGA